UCAGGCUUAAGUUAGAGAACUAGGAGGGGUGCAAUUAUACAAUUGCUUUCAACAAUUAAAGUGAUAGCGUACUACUACUAAUGGUAGUACGUAGAAUAUCGUGAAUUCAUAGGAUUGUAUAUGAUGGAAUUGAAACUACGUUCUAAUUUUUAUAAUUUGUAACAUUUAUGAGACAUACACUGACUCAGUAAGUGUCUGUAUCUGUAAACAUACAAGUGAUUUGUGUAUGGGUUGAUAGUGUCCAGACUGAAGCACAGGGGAUAAUCAAGCUAAAACCGGGGUCAAAUAGAAAUGGCUGGGAAUUUUGAUGCAUAUGAUAAUUACAGUUGGUAUGCUGGAGCUAUGUCCAGACAAGAAGCAACAGACAUACUAAUGUCAACAAAUGAAACAGGAGUAUUUCUGGUGCGAGACAGCAGUACGAUUAUUGGAGACUUAGUGUUGUGUGUAAGGGAAGACAAUAAAGUCAGCCAUUACAUUGUUAAUAAGAUCCAAGAGGGUGAUCAAGUUCGAUACAAAAUUGGAGAGAAUUCAUUUCCUGAUGUUCCUUGUCUCUUGAACUUUUAUAAACUUCAUUACCUAGACACAACUCCUCUUACUACACCUGUUCCUAGAAAACUUGAGAAGGUUAAAGCUAAAUAUGACUUUGAUGGAAGUGGAGAUCCUGAUGAUUUACCAUUUAAGAAAGGAGAAAUCUUAACAAUCUUAUCCAAAGAUGAAGAACAGUGGUGGACAGCCAAAAACAGUGUGGGUCAAAAAGGAUCUAUUCCUGUACCUUAUGUUGAAAAGAUCGAUGAAAGUCGUUCUUUGUCUCCUGCUGGUUGUGGAUCUAGUCGUGCAUCACCAAACUUUCACUCUUCUAAAGAGUUGAAUAAGUACAACACACCAAAUAUUCAGAGAAAACUGCCAGCAUAUGCUAAAGUAAUACAUCCAAGGGUCCCUAAUGCUUAUGACAGCACUGCCUUAAAACUUGAGGUUGCUGAUAUCAUCAAAGUAACCAAUAUACAUCAGAGUGGUCAGUGGGAAGGGGAACUCAGAGGCAAGCAUGGCUUCUUUCCAUUUACACACAUAGAGUUCAUAGAUUCAGAAAACACCGAAGAUCAUGAGUCCUAACAUUGAUCGACCACCGUGUUGUAAUUGAAGAUUGAUGCUUUCAUUCAAAGCUUUAGAUUUGGUGCAGAUAAGAAGACCUCCAGAUAAUAAGCCUAAGAGUGCUUUAAAGAUUAAGUACAACAUCAUUUGUUGUGUUGUAAACAGCUUUUGUUUUUUGCUAUAAAUAGUUCAGAUGCUCAGGGCAUUGAAGUUUCUGAUUCUCAGCUUCAAUUUGAUUUAACCUCAUUUUAUUGGGGGAAGACAUUUGUAAGCAUGAUUAUCUUUGUAGCUUUUGUACCUCAUAGUCUAUUCAUGUUCUAGAUGAUAAUGGUGGUGUAGCUUUGAAGCAUUAUUGAGCAAACAAGUUAGCUGGAAUGUAUAGGGUUAUUGUGUCACAAGUUUACAGGUUCUGAAUAGUUUCAAAUUGUGGGUGUAAUGUAGCACUAAAGAGCUUGAUUGAAAAUACAAGAUGCUAGUAAAUCCCAUACCAGACUGUAUUAUAGUAAUGAUCAGAAUCAGUUAUUAAGUAAGCAAUUUAAUGACCAAAAGAUUAGUUUCUUUUUUUUCAGUGCCAAAUUAUACAAUAAAAUUUGUUGUAAGUGGAUGUAGCAUGUAUUGUUCUAUUAAAUAGAUGAUUCAAUACAUUAGAUGUCUAUAUUGUAAUCAAAAAAAUAUUUAUGUUAUUCAUCUGUCAUUACCAGAGAUGUCAAGAGGCUGGAAUCCUUUAAUGAUAAACCAUUUUAUUUGAAACUACUCUGCUAUACUUUUUUUUUUUUUUCACUGGACUGUCUUAUGGAUGAGAAUUGAAAAUGCUAUGUUGCACCGUGUUUUGAACCCAUGAAUGAUAUGUUGAAGGUGCUAUAUAGACUUAAUUCAAAUAAUUAGUAAAAUUAAUUUCACAUGUUUCUGGUAAUACCAUCUUUUCUUUGUUUUGAGUUUAUAUAUAUAUAUGACUGAAAUAUGACAUGAAUACAUUUUAUCUUGCUUAGGGAGGGAACUUUUAAUUAAUGGUAUGUUAGUAUAGGGUAUGAAAGGAAAAAAAGAAGGUUUCUGACAUGAAAUAUAUUAAGUUGUACCUACUACAUACAAACUUAUUAUAGGUUUACUUUUAUUUUUUAACAGUAGUAAAAAUUGAUUAAUGGUUAAGAAAGUCCUUAUAUUUAGUAAACUAGAUAAAGUUUAUCGGUUACUUUGAAAUGCUUCUGAAAGUGUAUUUACAUUGCUAGAAUUCUGUGUAGAGUUAUCGAAAAAGAUAAUGUUAAAACCAUUAGCAGCCUUAAUGUAAUGUUUCUUCUUACGUUAAACUCGACACAGACUAACGCUUGGCUUUUCACAAGACAUCUUUAGGUAUAUGUUGUGAUUUUUUCCAUAAUUUUUUGUUCUUUCACAAACGUUUUUUAAUUAAAUUGCUGUAUGGUGCUGUUUCACAUAGUUUUUUCAUUAAGAGACUGUCUACCUUUGUUUAACAAGACAUUUAAAGCAGAAACAGUCCAGAAAACCAACUUUGAACCAGUUGUAGUUUUAUCUUAAGAGCAUAGUUUGAUAUAAUUAUUUUUUGUUUAUAAAUAUAUUUUUUAACACCCUUGCUAGUAUAUUUCAUAUCUCUGUCAUGGAAAUAAUAUACAAAACACAAGAUUUAUAUAAAACCCUCCACUACUUACUUGAUAUUACAGGAGGAGAACAAUAUUUUUUGGAAUUAGAGAUUGUCUGCAUGAUUAGGAUUAAACAUUUUUUUAAUAUUGAAAAAAAUAUUACCACGUGGUAGCUUUUAUUAAUGGAGUUUGAAGAUGUGUUAAUCAUCUGUGUUUUAAAGGAAGUAAUUGUGAUGAUCAUGUUUUUAAAGUCCUUUGGUUAUAGUAUAAGUUGAAAAAAUUUUUAGUUUAUAAAAGCAAGUUUUAUUAAUAUUUUAAUACUCUUUUAACAUUAUGCAGUGUAAAAGAGAGAGCAUUGAAACAUUACUGAUAAAACCAUAUGUGAGUGUAAUAAAAACUUACUGUUUAUUAAACACAACAACAUCAGAGUUAUCACGCUUCACUUCGGAUCUACAAUGUAUUCCAAAAUGGAAAAUAAAUAUUCUAUAAAACAAUACAUGCAUGAUGAGUGAACAGAAUUCAACAAUAUAUGUGUAGAAGCUAGUACUAAAUGACAUCAACAGUACAUACCUGUUGAAACCAAUAAUGUACAAGAAGUGUGAAUAAUGUGAAAUUAAGUCACAAAAGGUGCUUGCCUAAAACAUAACUUGAAGUACAGUAUAAUGACAUAGAUGUUGGUUUCACUUUUUUUUUUUUCCUUUUAGUAUGUGUGUGUAUUUAUCUUUCACUUCAGUUUAUCUAAUCGGAAAGUGAAUAUCUUGUAGUGUCCACCUUUAUACAUAAUGUUUAAUAUUUUUUUAAUUUAACAGUUUUUAUAAAAUAGUCUUCAUAUGAAGGUUUAUUUGUAUUAAUAUGUCUACCACCUAUUUCAAAAAUUGGUUAUUUUUAUGAGUAUUUUAUAUAUUUGUAGCUGGAAACAAAUAAUAUUGUACAUAUAUAGAUUACAAAGAUUUUCAUGCAUAAACCCAUCAAUUUUUAAAAACUUACUUAGGUAAAUUAACAAUUACUGCCAAAAAUGAUGGACAAUCACUAAAAACAGUGAAUAAAGUUCUUUGCCCGUUUUUGUUAAUUUAAAACUGUUUCUUGGGUCCUCCAGUGAGACAGCAGUAAGUUUAUGGACUUACAACACUAAAAUCUGGAGAUUCAAUUCCCUGUAGUGGACACAGCAGAUAAUUCAAUGUGGCUUUGCUGUAAGACAAACAAACAAAGCUGUUUUUCAGUUCCUUAUAAAUUUUGUUCAGUAGGCAGCUUGGUACAGUGUGUUUGAUACUGAAGGGAAAUUGUAUUUAUUUAUAUGUCUGUUUUCCUUCAGAAAAAUCUAGAGUUCUAAAUAUCAGGAUUAGAUUUGAUAAAUUUCCAAGAUUGUUUAUGUAUUUUGGAAAGUACAGAUAGAAAUAUGCAUUAUUAAUUGAAAACAAAGGGCAUGCUUAAUUCUCAGGCUACUUAUUAACUUUCAAAAUUUCAUUAAUGACAAAACACUUGUAGACAUACAGGAGACUUUUAGAGUUUUGCUUUUAAUUUGUGGACGAAUAGAUUUGUAGAGGAAAAUUUACUUCUUUGUUAAAGUUGAAAACAAAAGUAUUAUUGCUUUUUUGUAAACAUCUAGUUUGAUCUGGAUACUUGUAACAUUCUGCUAAAUAUAUCAUUUGUGUAUUCUUGUAGAAUUUAUAUAUAAACAUGCCAGUAGUUUUACUUCCCUUCCUAUUGUUUUAUUCAGGUGAACAUUUACUCAAAAGUAAAUGAUUAUGAUUGUCACAUAGCAGUAACAACUCUGAAGUCAACUGAAUAGGUGGAAAGACCUAUGUUUUUUUAUUUCAUGCACUAUCUUAAAAGAAAACCUCUAGAUAACAAUGCAUUAUCUGCAAUAGAAGAUAAUGUGUGUUUGUUAAAACCAAAAAAUGCUAAAAAACAAAGACAAGUGUUGCUAAAGGUUAAGGUAAAAAGUAAAAAUUUGCUAAAGAUUUAGGUACCAUUUGAUCUGUUUGCUCUUUAACAUGGACUUUAUGAGGUUCAGUUUCUAUUUUUUAAGUUUACAUUGGCUUUGAAAAGAACAGUUUUUGUGCAAAUAUAGUUAUUGCAAAAUAAAGUUACCAAUAUUAGGCUGACAGUUCAAAAAUUGGCCUGUUUCUAUUUUGAGUAAUUGUUAAUAUUAUUUCUGUUCUUUUUGUAAAGUGGGCAAAGUUUAGUUUCUUAAUAAGUGUGACUGUAUGUCACGAAAUUCAAAAUACACACAAAUAUAUAUAUAUAUAUAUAUAUAUAU